AUGGCUGAACAGACUGUGACUGCUUACGUUCCAUUGGACGUGUCUCUUCCCCCAAUUCCUACCGAACAAGUAUUUUCUGACCUGCAAUGGAAGACACUGCUGGCCCUUGCGGACACAGUCAUUCCGUCCGUUCGCUCUCCAUCAUCUCCUAAAUCUCUUUCCACAAAGGUGGUCCCUGACUGCGAUCUCAAGGCCGCUGUCUCGACACUGGCCUCUCACAUGCACGACCCAGAGGCGACAAAGAUUGCGGAACAGUACCUGGAAGAAACCGGGUCCGCAAACCCCCUGUUCGUGGAAGGACUGCGGCGUCUUUUUGCAGAGUAUAUCCACCAGGAGGGCAGAAAUGGCAUCAGUCUUAUCCUGAACGCGCUCAACUCCAAAGCUGGCUCCCUCCUUCUUACAGGGUCUAUUACUGCUAUCCAGGACCAACCAUUUGAGGUUCGUGAGAGAGUAUUCCGCAGUUGGGAGACAUCUCGCAUCAAGCCUCUUCGUGCUAUUUAUAGAGCAUUCACUGCCAUCUUCAAGAAGACAUGGAUCUCCGUCAGUCCCACGAUCCGUCUUGUUGUAGGCUUUCCACGCGUCCCGAUCCAUGGCAAACCAGCCGACGGUUUCGAGUACAAGUUUCUGCAGUUCCCACCCGGGGAUAAACCGGAGAUCAUCGAAGCAGAUGUCGUUAUCGUGGGCAGCGGGUGCGGUGGAAGUGUCGCAGCCAAAAAUCUGGCCGAAGCUGGAUACAAAGUACUGGUCGUGGAGAAAUCAUACCAUUAUCCAUCCAAGCAUUUCCCCAUGGAUUUCACCGAGGGUUUCGUGAACAUGUUUGAGACUGGAGGAGCCACCAUGAGUGACGAUGGGUCUAUGGCCGUUCUCGCGGGUUCUACCUGGGGCGGUGGUGGUACUGUCAACUGGUCUGCCGCGCUGCAGACACAAGGAUACGUGCGUCGGGAAUGGGCUAGCAACGGAUUGCCAUUCUUCGAAUCUUUUGAGUUCCAGCAGAGUUUGGAUCACGUCUGUGAGCGUAUGGGAGUCAGCAGUGAGCACACCAAACACAACUUUGCGAACCGCAUUCUCCUUGACGGCGCUCGAAAGCUGGGAUACGCCGCUAAGCCUGUUCCGCAGAAUACUGGUGGUACAGCUCACUAUUGUGGAUACUGUACCAUGGGCUGUCAUUCCACUGACAAGAAGGGCCCGACGGAGACUUUCCUUGCCGAUGCGGCAGAUGCUGGAGCAACAUUUGUCGAAGGCUUCCGCGCGGAAAAGAUACUCUUUAAGAAGACCAAAGGAGGACGGGUGGCUUCCGGCAUUCAAGGAACUUGGACUUCGAGAGACUCAUACUUGGGGACUACCGGAAUGGACCGUGAGACACGAGAGGUCAUCAUCAAGGCUGAUAAGGUCAUUGUCUCCUGCGGCACCUUGCAGAGCCCCCUUCUCCUGAUGCGCAGUGGACUCAAGAACCCACAGAUAGGGCGUAAUCUCUAUCUUCAUCCUGUUGUGCUCUCUGCAGCCGUCUUUGAGGAGGAAAUUCGACCAUGGGAGGGCGCCGCUUUGACCACAGUCGUCAAUGAAUUCGAGAAUCAGGACAACCAAGGCCACGGGGUGAAGAUCGAAAACGUGGCGAUGCUGCCCGCUGUUUAUCUGCCCACCUUCCCCUGGCGUGACGGACUGGACUACAAGCUGUGGGCGGCAAAGUUGCCCCGAAUGACCGGGUUCAUCGCUCUCACAAAGGAACGCGAUGCGGGACGAGUAUACCCUGACCCCGUGGAUGGACGGGCGCGUAUCAGCUACAGCGUGUCUGCAUAUGAUCGAAAGCAUAUUGUUGAAGCUCUGGUUGCGACGGCGAAAAUUGCGUAUAUCUCUGGCGCCAAGGAGUUCCACACAACGAGUCGGGAGAUGGCCCCCUUCAUUCGUCCCGCGGAUGCGUCCGAUCCGAACGCCCCGGAAGGUGUCAACAAUGAGGCACUUCAGGCAUGGAUUGCAGAACUCCGUCGCCAAAAUCCAGUCGACCCAGAACGAACCCUCUACGCCAGUGCGCAUCAGAUGGGCACGUGCCGGAUGGGUGCUUCUUCCAGCACGAGUGUCGUCGACCCCAACUGCCAAGUCUGGGGUGCGAAGGGCUUGUAUGUCAUGGACGCAUCGGUCUUUCCCAGUGCUAGCGGUGUGAACCCGAUGGUGACCAACAUGGCUAUUGCGGACUGGGCCAGCCAAAAUGUUGCCGAGAUGUUGAAGAGAGAGAAGAGUGAGAGCCUGAUGGCCCGUCUAUAG